AUGACAUCAAUGGUUGUGACAAUUGAUGACAUUUUGGAUCAAUUGUGGAGUGAAAACAAACGACUUCUCAAAGAGUUAUUGUUUGCCAACAAAUAUCUGAAUAUUUUGGAUGAAUUGAAAUCAGAAUUGAAUUUAAUUUAUAAUAAGUUUGAGACACAACUGAAAACUGAAGACAAGUUUAAUCAAUUGAGACAUCAAUUGAAUUAUAUUUACAAUAAAAGACAAGAGAAAGGAUUUACAGAAAAUAAUAGUAAACUUUUAAGACGUGAUGAUAAAAAUGGUACAAAAAAUUUGGACAAUCAUUUCGUUGAAGACACGGAUAAGUCUGAUUCAGAUAAUAUACAAGAAGUUGAAAACAAUAAUGAAAAUCAAAUCAACGAUAAAAACAGUAAAGAAGUAGUCGUUACCAGUAGUAGUAGUAAUGAUGAACAACUCAUAUCACCCAUAAAACCACAAUCAGUUGCCAACAAUCAAAUUAAAGGCAAACUUCUGUAUCUAAUACUACCUCCAAAUGUAUCACCACUUAAACCAUCGGAAUUUAAAAACAUUAAAAUCAAAUCAUUGACUACAACUAACUUACCAUUAAGUAGAUUGUCUAACAUUACUACUACUACUAAUAAUAAUGUAUUUCAAACUCAACAACAAUCAAAAACUGUUAGCUCAUUAUCAUCUAAUCAAUUGAAUUACAAUAGCAGUCAACAAAUUGAUAAAACAUAUGCUAAAACUAAUAACCAAUUAUUAAAAUGUCACACAAAAGACACAAUUGAUCAAAAAGAUUGCAAUCACUAUCAGUCAUUGAUAUCAUCUGAUUUUGAUGAAGAUAUAACCGGAAGAAAUGACCAGAAGAUUGUUACGAAAAAAUUUGUUAAACGAAAGUGUCGUUACGAUGGCUGCGACAAAAUGUUUACCUGCAGAAGUACUAUGUGGUAUCACUACAAAGUAUACCAUCCAUCGGAUACAACAAAAACAUUGAAAUGUCAGUACACGGACUGUCAGUUUGAAUGUGUAUACAAUAGCCAAAUGAAACAACACGUGAAUAAUAAACAUUUAAAAAAUAAUAAAUCAUUUGUUUGUCCAAUGAGUGGAUGUAAUAAAUUAUUUAAACAUUUACAUAGUCUUAGAUGUCAUGAACGGUUGCACACAAAUAUUUUAUUCAAAUGUCAUUUUGAUGGCUGUCAGCGACAGUUUCACAGUAAAGGAGAAUUGAAUAAACAUUUAGCUCAACACAAAAGUGAACCAACACUCAGGUGUAGAGUAAAGGGUUGUCCGGAAAAGUUUUUUACUGAAGCAAAAAGAGCCAAACAUCGAGAGAUAACUCAUAACUAUAAACGCAAAAGGAUUUAUAUAGAGAAACGGUGUGAUUGGCCCGGAUGUGACUAUUUCGGUAAACAUCUGACCGCUCAUAUGAAAGUUCAUUCGGGAAACAAACCGUUUUCAUGUGUUUGGCCUCAAUGUGACAAACGGUUUAGACAUAGGAUUAAUCUCGAACAGCAUAUGAAUGUUCACAAUAAUGUUAAACCAGGUCUGGUCAGAAGUUUUUCGGUGAUACCAAUGGAGUUAUCGGAGGAACACAAACGUGUCAUAAUUUAUUAUGAGUUUUUGUCCACACAAGACCCCAACGAAAUUCAUCGUCGGAUGAUGGACAGGUUGGGCAAUAAUAGCCCUGCUUACAGUACAAUCACCAAAUGGAUCCGACAUUUCAAACUCGGUGUACAGUCACUCAAAGAUGGCGAAAGAAAAGGUCCGGAAGUUACUGUAUCGACCCCUGAAAAUGCGGCCGCUGUUAUAUAUAUAUACAUACCGUGA